UACUCUGCAGCAGCAACAGCACUACAAGCUCAACUAGCAACCGUCAAUGGCGAUGCCAAUGUCCCUGCAAAUCUCCAUGAAUCCUCCUUCAUCUCUCCCUAACCAACAUCUCGCUCUCCAUUUUUCUUCUCCUCAACCUCACUCCCACCUUCUCCCCUUCAUGCGCCGCAAGUCCCGGCCAAGAACUCGUCUCCGACUUCCUUGCACUCCUAGAAGAGCUCUGGAAGAGCCGGCGAUGCCUCCGGGGUCGGCAGCGGCGGAGGAGGAUGGUGAUGCUUCAUUUUCGGUGGUCGCGGCCUUGCAGAGCCAGUACAACGAAAUCGUGGUCGUUGACACUCCUGAGUCUAGGUUCCUGCUUCUUGAUUCCACUCAAAAUAUUCAUAGUCUGCUAAACAAAGAACAGAAGUGGACUGGUUCAUACUGGGACGAGUUUGUGAGUCUUCCAGCUAUAGUUCCGCCUGGUCCAAUUGCAAUCUUUGGUUUGGGUGGUGGAACUGCUGCUCAAUUGAUGCUUCAGUCUUGGCCUUCACUGCAACUUGAAAGCUGGGAGAUUGAUGGCAUAUUGAUUGAUAUAGCAAGGGAGUACUUUGGUCUGUCUGGUUUAGAGAGACCCACAGAAGCUGGUGGUUUUCUUUCUGUUCACAUUGGUGAUGCACUUUCUCAAUCUGCUACAGUUCCUGGAGGAUUCGCUGGCAUCAUUGUGGAUUUAUUUUGUGAUGGGAAGAUCUUACCACAAUUGAAAGAGGUUUCUACAUGGUUGGAUAUAAAUAAGAAGUUGAUGCCCAAUGGCCGAAUUAUGGUGAACUGUGGUGGGGCUCAUGCGGAAGUAUCUAAUGGUGGUGAGAGGCCAACAAAUACUAGUGUUUCAAAUGGUUCCUGGUUGCAAAAUUCUACCAUUAAAGCAUUGUGCCAAGCCUUUCCCAAUGAGUUAAGCUGGAAAAGGAUGGCGGAACAAGAGAGUGAAAAUUAUUUAGCACUUACAGGACCACCACCAGAUUUGAAUACUUGGUCAGCUGUCUUACCAAGCCCAUUAAGUUCGAAUGUGAAGCAUUGGAAACCUUGUAAACUUGCUUGAUACAUUGCUACCGAACCGAAGAUGUGUUCAUCACGCAUUAUUGUCGUCAUUCUUCAAAGCUUGGUAUUAUUAUUGGCAUCUUCUUAUCAGAAUUUUCACAAAAUAUUUAAUUUUUGCUGGAAUGAAAGAACUGGGAGCAUAUUCAUAUUGUUUUUUCUGAUGUUUCCAAGAGAAUAUCAAUGGUGAUAAUCCAGAGUUGGAGGGAUUGACUCUUUCUCAAUAGGAAUCAACAUCUCAAGUUAAAAAUGGUUCUGGCGUCAUUAAAAAUAAAAACAUUUUCCGCCGUGGCGCGAUACAAAGGUGAAGGACGUGCGCUUCAAUUCACCGUUUUAAGUUCAUGGGAGUCAGUUAUGGGUGAGAUAUGUGCACGCUGGGCCGUAGAUGUUUUAAAAGUGAAAGUGAAGUUCGUAACGCCUGACGCAUACAGAACGCUUUGUCCAAUUGAGUCUGACGCCGAUUUUGAACGCAUGUGUCGUAUAUAUCAGAGUUUCAACAAAUUUGUCGUAGACAUCAUCAUCGAGGAUGUGAGUGUCUCUGCAGAUGGAAACUCGGCCUCCUUGAUCCUAUCGUAAUACUGCAAUCACUUAUUUCACUGGUUACUUAUUUUUUAUGUGUUCCUGUGUUCUAUAGGAUGGUACUGUGAAUGUCAAAUAUUUCAUGUGUAUUAAUAUAUGGUACUGUAUUAAGAAUGACUUUCGGUGUAUAAUAUCUGUUUCCUGUGUAUAAUAUCUGUUUUCUGUGUAUAAUA